AUGUUCAAGCGUCUCGUCACCGUCGCCCCCCGCGUCGGCGUUGCGGCACCCCGUGCCUUCGCUCCCCUCGCAGGCCUGCAGUCCGUCCAGCCCGUUCAGCGUCAGACCCCUGCCCCGACCCAGCGGAGAAGCUACCACGAGAAGGUCCUCGACCACUACAACAACCCCCGGAAUGUCGGAUCCAUGAAGAAGGGUGACCAGGACGUUGGUACCGGUCUCGUCGGUGCCCCCGCUUGUGGCGAUGUCAUGAAGCUCCAGAUUCGUGUGAACAAGGAGUCUGGUCGCAUUGAUGAUGUUGUCUUCAAGACCUUCGGUUGUGGUAGUGCUAUCGCUUCGUCAUCUUAUCUGACCGAGCUCGUCCGCGGAAUGACCCUGGAAGAGGCCGGCAAGGUCAAGAACACUGAUGUGGCGAAGGAGCUCUGCUUGCCUCCCGUCAAGUUGCACUGCUCCAUGCUCGCUGAGGAUGCUAUCAAGUCCGCCAUCUCCGACUACUACACCAAGAACCCCAAGGCCCGGUCCACCGACCUCUCCGGGACGGGCGCCUCCAUGGCUGAUAUCGACCAGCCCACCGCUGGCAGCCCUGCUGCUUCUCUGUAA